AGUGCUGUCCCUGGCCGUGGAAAGGUCCCUCAAGGCCGAGAUCAGCUGCACCGACAACCAGGACGGCACAGGGGUCAAGUACAACGACAAGCACAUCCCUGGCAGCCCCUUCACCGCCCGCAUCACCGGUGACGACUCCCUGCGCCUGUCCCACCUCAAGGUGGGCGCCUCGGCCGACAUCCCCCUGGACAUCGGGGAGACCGACCUGAGCCAGCUCACAGCCACUGUCACCUCCCCCUCGGGGCACAAGGAGCCCUGCCAGCUGAAACGGCUCAGGAACGGCCACAUCGGGAUCUCGUUCGUGCCCCGGGAGGUGGGGGAGCACCUGGUGCACGUGUUCCGGGGGGGGCAGCCCCUGCCCCGCAGCCCCAUCGCCGUCACCAUCAGCCAGGCCGAGCUGGGCGACGCCAGCAGGGUGGUCCUGACCGGGCCGGGGCUGCGCGAGGGGAGGACCUUCCAGCCCGCCCACUUCACCAUCGACACCCGGGACGCAGGGUACGGGGGGCUCAGCCUGUCCAUCGAGGGGCCCAGCAAGGUGGACAUCACGACGGAGGAGUUGGAGGACGGGACGUGCAGCGUGUCCUACUGCCCCACCGAGCCCGGCAACUACAUCAUCUCCGUCACAACUCGGGACCAGCACGUGCCCGGGAGCCCGUUCUCGGUGAAGGUGACGGGCGAGGGCCGGGUCCGCGAGAGCAUCACCCGGCGCCGCAGGGCCCCCGAGGCCACCGUGGGGUCCCCCUGCGACCUCAGCCUCAAAAUGCCUGAGCUGAGCGUGGCGGAGGUGACGGCGCAGGUGGCGGGGCCCUCGGGGCAGGCGGUGCCGGCCCAGGUGGUGGCCGGGGACACCCCGGGCGCUUUCGGGGUGCGUUUCGUGCCCCAGGAGACGGGACCCCACUCGGUGAGCGUCAAGGACCGCGGGCAGCACGUGCCAGGGAGCCCCUUCCAGUUCACCGUGGGACCCCUGGGCGAGGGCGGCGCCCACAAGGUCCGCGCCGGGGGGCCCGGGCUGGAGCGCGCCGAGGCCGGGGUGCCAGCCGAGUUCAGCAUCUGGACACGUGAGGCAGGGGCUGGGGGUCUCUCCAUCGCCGUGGAGGGGCCCAGCAAGGCCGAGAUCGCCUUCGAGGACCGCAAGGACGGCUCCUGCGGGGUCUCCUACGUGGUGCAGGAACCCGGGGACUACGAGGUGUCGGUGAAGUUCAACGAGGAGCACGUGCCCGAGAGCCCGUUCGUGGUGACGGCGGCCGCGCCCUGCGACGCCGCUCGACGCCUCACUGUUUGUAGCCUUCAGGAGUCGGGGCUCAAGGUGCACCAGCCGGCCUCGUUCGCCGUCAGCCUCAACGGGGCCAAGGGCACCCUGGACGCCAAAGUGCACAGUCCCUCGGGAGCUGUGGAGGAGUGUCACAUCUCCGAGGUCACUGAAGACAAGUACGCCGUGCGGUUCAUCCCGCGGGAGAACGGCGUCUACUCCAUCGACGUGAAGUUCGAGGGCUCGCACAUCCCGGGCAGCCCCUUCAAGGUCCGCGUGGGGGACCCGGGACAGGCCGGGGACCCCGGGCUGGUGUCAGCCUAUGGGCCUGGCCUCGAGGGGGGCACCACAGGCUCCCCGGCGGAGUUCGUGGUGAACACGUCCAAGGCUGGCCCGGGGGCUCUGGCCGUGACCAUCGAGGGCCCCUCCAAGGUGACCAUGGAGUGCCACGAGUGCCCCGAGGGCUUCAGGGUCACCUACACGCCCAUGGCCCCCGGCAGUUACCUCAUCACCAUCAAAUUCGGGGGGCCCCACCACAUCGUGGGCAGCCCCUUCAAGGCCAAGAUCACCGGGCCUCGCCUGGUGAGCAGCCACAGCCCCCACGAGAGCUCCUCGGUGCUCGUGGAUUCCGGGGGGAUCCGGGCCGAGCACGGGGGGGCCACGAGCGCCCCCAGCCCCGGGGGAGCCCCCCCGGGGGGGCCCCCCAAGUUCUCGGACGCCUCCAAGGUGGUGGCCAAAGGGCUGGGGCUCAGCAAGGGCUUCGUGGGCCAGAAGAAUUCCUUCACCGUGGACUGCAGCAAGGCCGGGACCAACAUGCUGCUGGUGGGGGUGCAGGGCCCCCGAAACCCCUGCGAGGAGAUCGUGGUGAAGCACCUGGGCAACCAACUCUACAACGUGGGCUACCUGCUGCGCGAGCGCGGGGAGUACCUGCUCGUCGUCAAGUGGGGCGACCAGCACGUCCCCAACAGCCCCUUCCGCGUCACCGUGCCCUGAGGGGCCCCAGACCCUCGGGGACGACCCCAAAACCCUCGGGGAGGACCCCAAAAUCGUCAGGGGAGCCCAAAAUCCUCGGGGGGAACCCAAAACCCUCGGGGAUGACCCCAAAAUCAUCAGGGGAGCUCAAAAUCCUUGGGUGGGGGGAGCCCAAAAUUGUCAGGGGAACCCAAAACCCUCAGGGAGGACCCCAAAAUCGUCAGGGGAGCUCAAAAUCCUUGGGUGGGGGGAGCCCAAAAUUGUCAGGGAGGGACCCCAAGUCUUCCAAAACCGCCUUUUGUCCCUGCUGGGACCUCCCCAGGCAUUGGGGGCAUCCCCCCCUCUGGGUUUGGGGUCACCCUGCUAAGUUUGGGGACACCCCCUGAAAUCUGGGGACAACCCCCCUGAAAUUUGGGGACACCUCAAAAGCCUCGGAGGGGGCCCCAAAAAUCUUCUGAAAUCACCUUUUCUCCCUGCCCCGGGGCUGGGACCACCCCCCCCCCCAAAAAACUUUGGGGACAAUCCCCCCUGUGUUUGAGGUCACCCCUGAACUUUGGAGAUACCCCCUGAAAUUUGGGGGACCCCCCCCAAACUUUGAGGAUGCCAAGCUGGUUUUGGGGACACCCCUGACUUUAUGACACCCCUUGUGGUUUUGGGGACUGUCCCAAUUUCGGGGUGUCCUCCCCUACGUUGGGGACACCCCCAACACACUUCCCAAAUUUUGGGGACCCCUCCCCAGGUUUGGGAACACUCCUCCCCUCCCCCGAUUUUGAGAGCUUCC